AGCCACGGGUACCCCAAACAAAAAACCAAACCCUUAAAUCUAAAAAACGCGUCCAUCAAUCCUUCCUUCCUCACUUUCUCUGCAACCAUCAUCAGACCUACCGUCACUGUUGGAUACUCCUCCCGGCGACAACUAUGGCGGCGGCGACACCUUCAAAAUCCCAAACCCUAACCCUUCUCCGCUCCUUCAUCCGCGUUUCUCGUCAAUUCCCAGAUUACAACAUACGCGAAUACACAAAACGACGCGCCAUCGAUGCGUUUCGGCAAAACGCAGCACUUUCUGAAGCUUCUUCGAUUUCCGAAGCUUUCUCGUUUGGAAAAUCUCAGCUUGAUGUUGCUAAACGACAAGCCGUUGUUUACUCUAUUUAUGCUCCUUCUCUUCCCAGUGUUAUGGAUCUUCCUAAUAAACCCUUUUAGUGAAGAAUUGCUGCAGGUUAUGUUCUGUUGAGGAUAGGGUAAUCAGAAAUGUGUGUUUCCUUACUUGGCACUCGUCUAUUAUGGAACAGGCUGUGAAGUGAAAUUCUUGAAGUCGCAACUUUCUCUAGGAAGGCAAUAACUGCUCUUUAAUAGCCAUCACUCGUAUUUUUUCAUUGGACAAAUUUAUGUAAGCAUAUAUUAAACAUACUUGAGUGGCAUUCCCAAAUAAUAAACUUAAACAAUUUUCUGUUAGAAUUAGAAUAAUUUUAGUUGGUCCUGUAAGUUGACUAUUUUAUUUGAAUUUUGAUAUGGUGAUGUUCAACUUUGUCAUUAUAA